AAUGUUUGUAUUGUGUGCACAAAAUGUAAAUAAAAUACUAAUUUGUGACUACAGAAUAGCAAAUUGUGUGCAGAAAAUAGUAAUUUGUGUACCCAAAAUACAUAUUUGUGGGAACAAUUUAUGAAUUUUUAUUCCAUUUCCAGAACAAUUUGUUAUAUUUGAAGUCAUGUUGGGGUCUCCUUCCCAAACAGAUGUUCAUCUCUGCAGCUGCAGUGCUCCAGAUCAUCCAGCAGAGGGAUCCCUUCGUCCUGAAGCAGAAUCAAGAGGAAAUGUGUGCAGCAGCUUAUAAAACUUUAAAUACUUGAGUGGAGUUGCUCCUGCACUGCAGCGGAACUCCAGGCUCCGUGAUGUGAUGGGCGGUCCCGGCCGCGCGCAGAGCCGCGCAUCGAUCACAGCCAUCGAUCCUGACGGCGCUGCGGGCCGCACGCGCCCGGCUGGUGUUACAUAAGCAUCUGUUGAUCUGGGAGGAGAAGCAGCUGCAGGAGAGCCGAGCAGGAGAGCAGCAGCAGGAGCAGCUUCUCCGAGGACGAUGCCGGGCUCUCUCCCCAGUUUUCCCAGCCUGCCGCGGGGCGUGACCAUGCCCGCGCUGCUCAGCUCGCUGCCCCGAGGGGUCAACCCUCCCAGCCUCCCCAGAGGCAUCACCAUGCCCGCCCUUCCCAGCCUGCCCCGAGGGGUCACCAUACCCAGCCUGCCCAGGGGGGUCACGUUGUCCAGGGUCAUCGCCAUGCCGACCGUCCCCCAGGCUCCUCGCCGGCUGCUGGAGGGCUGCUGCUCCGUGUUCGACCAUCAGACAGCUUCAGGUCUUUGUGGUUGCUGCUGGGCGCUACGUCCUCGCUACAAGCGGCUAGUUGACAACAUUUUCCCAGAAGACCCCGAGGAUGGGCUAGUAAAGGCAAACAUGGAGAAGCUAACCUUCUUCGCUCUAUCUGCUCCGGAAAAACUGGACCGAAUUGCUGCGUACCUGUCGGAGCGUCUGACCAGAGAGCUGAACCGCCACCGCUACGGGUAUGUCAGCAUAGCCAUGGAGGCCAUGGAGCAGCUUCUGCUGGCCUGUCACUGCCAGAGCAUCAACCUGCUGGUGGAGAGCUUCCUCAGUACGCUGCGUCUGCUGCUGGAGGCUGACAAGCCACACCUCCACAUCCUCGCCACGAACUCGUUUGUGAAGUUUGCCAACAUUGAGGAGGACACGCCUUCAUACCAUCGCAGCUACGACUUCUUCGUGUCUCGCUUCAGUGAGAUGUGUCACUCUGACCACCACGACCCCAACACCAAACUCAAGAUCCGCGUGUCUGGGAUCCGCGGCCUGCAGGGCGUCGUCAGGAAAACGGUGGACGACGAGCUUCAGGUUAACAUUUGGGAGUCUCGCCACAUGGAGCAGAUUGUGCCCGCCCUGCUGGUCAACCUACAACCACAUGGCAACAGCAGUUCUCCUGCAGAACAGACGGAGGUUUGCUUCAGGGAGCUGCUCGGCCGAGCCGCCUAUGGACACAUCAACAACGCCAUCAGACCAGUGCUCAUGCACCUGGACAGCCACAGUCUGUGGGAGGGACGAGGAUUCGCAGUUCGCUGCUUUCAAAUUAUAAUGUACUCUAUUCAGUCCCAGCACUCCCAUCUGGUCAUCCAGCAGCUGCUGGGUCACCUGGACGCCAAUAGCAAGAGUCCAGCAUCGGUCCGGGCGGGGAUCGUGGAGGUUCUGUCUGAAGCUGCCGUCAUAGAAGCUGCUGGAUCUGUGGGUCCCACUGUGUUGGAGGUGUUUAACACCUUACUUCGGCAGCUCAGGCAGAGCGUCGACUACCAGCUGACUGGUUACUACGACAACGCCGGGAUGCACAGAACCACCUCAUCCGAAGAGAAGAUGUUGCAGGACGCUGUCAUCAAAACCAUUGGAUCUUUUGCCAACACUCUUCCUGUUUACCAGAGGUCAGAGGUCAUGCUCUUUAUCAUGGGAAAGAUUCCCGUUCCUGGCAUCUACCCUGCCCUGGGGUCGCCCAACGCCGGGUUUGAAGGCAGCAGGAUGAUUCAGGUGAUGCUCCUCAAGUCUCUCCUCCAGGUUUCGGAGCGUUACGAGAGCAACAACCUGCUGACGGCGCUGCCCUCCUCCUUCCUGGAGCCUCUGCUGUCCUUCACUCUGAUGGAGGAUCCUGAAAUCCGUCUGCUGGUUUUGUCCAUCCUCACAUCGCUCAUCGACCGCCGCCACAACGCCUGCAGGCUCAUCUCGACUAGUGCAGUGCUGGAGGUGUCGGCUCUGGAGCUGAGGGAGGACGCGUGCUCUCGACAGGACAAUCUGUUCAUGAGGAAGCACGCUCAGCGCCUCUACAGACACGUCUUUCUAGCCUGUAAGGAGGAGAGCAGUGGACACAACCACUACCGGGCGCUCUUCACCCUGAUGGCCGUUCUCGGAGUGGAGCUGGCCAACGAGGAGGUGCUGGUGGAUCUCAUUCGACUGGUUCUGGCUAUGCAGGAACUGGCGCUGUCCGGUCAGGAAAACUUGUCGGUGUUCAACCGCUGCGGCGUUCAUGCCGUCUGCUCCGCCUCCCUCAACCUGCUGUCACAGCUCGGGCCGCCUCCAGCACUCCGCCACCACGUCUCAGAGGUCACAGAGACUCGUCAGAAGGAGGCUCCAUACCUGCUGCCCGACCACAUUUUGUGCGAAAAACCCAGGAUUCCUGAAAAAGAGCUGAAGUUGGAUGAAACCAUUCUCUUUCGGGCCUCCAAAAUCUGCGAGGCUCUGGCGGGAAGCAGCUACAGCGCUCAUUCUGAACGCGUCAACACGCCGUACACACCUGAGCUGACAGAUGAGGACCGUCUGUCCAGGAGGAAGAGCAUCGUGGACGCCGUCUCUUUGCAGAUAGACAUGGAGCUGAACUGUCCUGCUGACGCUGCACAGAAACCUCCGAGUGAGCAGAUCACCUUUGAGACGCUGAAGAGUGCCGUUGACGAUAGAGGGAUUGCAGAAGAGGAGGAGAGGAAAAGGAUGCAGGUGGUGGAGAGGUUCCAGACCGCACCUUUUGAGGAAAUAGCCGCUCACUGUGGAGCCAGGACGUCGCAGCUCCAGUCCAAACUAAACCGAGUCUUCGAACUGAUCAUCCGUCCUCCCCCGUCUCCGUCUGGACUGUCUCCUCCUCGCUCCGUACCCGUCUAUGAAAUGAAGUUUCCAGACCUCUGCGUGUAUUAGUUAAACAUCCAGGAGAAGUUAUGAGACGCUUGUAUCUCAGGGAGCCGUCGAUUGUUUUUAGAGAGGAAGGAUGUGCUCUUUCACUGUGAUUUAUCGUUUUUAUCUAGAACUCUUUGAGAAAAAAAAGUUGAAGAAUCAAACAUAAACUGAAAACUAAAGGAAAACAUUCAUUUCAGAUAGUUUUUUUUCACAUUUCUUUCAUUUUUUUUUGUGUAGAAUUAUGAUGAUAUUUGAUGGAAUUAAAAUUGUGUUUUCUGACCAAUCAGGUGGCAGCUUACAUUCAAAAGUCACACAGAAUUGCAAAAAAUGAAUAAAACUGCAUCAUGUAAGCUGAUCCACCAAACAGUCCUGCUCCUCUUGCAGGAAAUAUUCCAGCAUUUUAGUUUUUUGGACCUUAAAAUACAUUUAUUAAACCCGAAUUGCUCACCAGAAUCAACCUCUGCAUCCUUUCACCGUCCAGAGCUUGUAAACCUUUAGUACAACCUUGUAUUUGUAAAUAAAGCAUGUAUUGAACCCACAGCUUUCAGAACGAGAUGCCUCUCAUCAAGCAUUAUUAAACUUUCUUUAAAUCAGUGUUUCAUCAGUGUUUGUGUUUGCCAAUAAAUAACUUUAUUCUGUUUAAAAUUCAUCAAAUGUAAUUUGGAAAUUGUGUUAUGUGAA